UUCUUUUCACCAACCUGCCCAGAAAACUCUCCACUUUUCCAUCUUUUCUUUCUCUCCAAUUCUAUUCUCUUCUUCAGCUACCUUCUCCAUUCUUGGAAAAUCAAUUCUCCUAGAAUUUUUUUUUUUUAAUUAAAGAAGGAUUAGCUAUCCUAGAUGGGUGAUGCUUCAGCUCAGUAUAUCCAUAUGGUGCACCACCUAAUAGAAGAGUGCCUAAUGUUCAAGAUGAGUAAGGAGGAAUGCAUGGAAGCACUCUCUAAACAUGCAAAUAUCCAGCCACUUAUCACUUCCACUGUGUGGAAGGAAUUAGAGAAAGAGAACAAAGAGUUCUUUGAGGCGUACAAGAAGCAGGGAAGAGAGGAAGGUGCAGAUAUAAUGGAGACGACAAGGCAAAAAGUUGAGAAGAUGGUUUUAGGUUCUUGGAAGAAAGACCCAAAAGACGAAUGAAGCGUGAUGACUAUAUAUAUAUAUAUUCAAUAAUUUCAGAAUAAGCUAAGAUACAUAUAUAUAUAAUGAUGAUGAUAAGGGUAUCUGAUCUGCGACGUAUGGGAUAGCCAGCAUGGGGAACUGUCGAUAUGAUGUUGAUAAGGCCGGGCAUCAUAUAUAUAUCAUCAUGUUUGCUGGGUGUAAUGAUUUUAUUUAAUUUGUUUUCUCUGUUAUAUAUAUAUUUUGUCGUGUGGAAUUUGUUGGAGAGCAAUAGGAUGAAAUAAAUGAAGUUGAGAAAGGGAAGGGGACAUUUUUGUAUCCAAAAUUAAUGGUUGGUCACAAAUGUUUUUGCGAUACAUAUAUGAUAGCCCUUUCAUUCCUCACCUUCUCAUGUUUAAUUAAUUCCAUCCUUCACACACACAUGCCAAAUUUCAUCUUUAGUCCCAUACUAUUGUAAUGUUAUUGCGUUUAAUCUUAUUCUUUUAAUUUUA